AUGUUCCACCAAGCUGCUUUCUUCUCCUCCCACUUGCUCUCCGCUAACGGGCUUCACAGACCUUCCCCUCUCUCCAUCCUCCUACCCGUCCACGAAAACAUCUACACCCUGCCCAACAUCCUGACCUUCUCGCGCCUUGUCGCGGCCCCGGUAGUCGGCUAUCUGAUCGUCCAUGAUAUGCACAUGCCGGCUCUGGGCUUGUUUGUGUACGCAGGCGUCACGGAUUUGGUUGAUGGCUGGAUCGCGCGGAAGUGGGGUCUGCAGACCGUGGUGGGCACUGUGAUUGAUCCGAUGGCGGACAAGGCGUUGAUGACGGUUGUGACGGUCACAUUGGCUAUGAAGGGGGCGCUGCCUGUGCCGCUCGCCGUCCUCAUCCUAGGCCGCGACAUACUCCUCGGUCUCUCUGCCUUAUACUACCGCUACAUUUCCCUCCCUCUUCCGCGCACCUUUACCCGCUACUGGGAUUUCUCGCUCCCCAGCGCAGAAGUGCGGCCCACUACGAUUUCUAAAAUCAACACGUUUCUACAGCUAGGGUUGAUCGGAGCUACGAUGUCUGGGCUGGCCAUGGGAGGAUUGGGGGAGACGGCGCAGACCGCGUUGGAAAUCAGUUGGUGGGUGGUUGGGACGACAACGUUGUGGAGUGGGGGGAGUUAUUUGUGGGGGAAGGAUAUUGUGAGGAUACUGAGCAAGAAGUCGUGA